GGGCUAAACAGUCCUCCCAAAAACAUAAUGGAAAGGGAAAUGCUAGCCAUACAGUAAUGUCCUUGACGUACCUGCUACCGACUCCUAACCACGGCCACGAUAACAAACUUCUAUGGCUAACAGUCAUCUUUCCCCAUUUAGAAGAAGAAAAACUUCUUUUCAAACCAGUCGCUGUUAAAUCACUCUUUAUUUCUGUUGUACCUUCUAUUUUCUGCCUUGAACAGUCAAAAGGAGCCCUCAUCCCCUCUCUCUCUCUCUCUCCCCCUCUUUCUCUGGUCCCGUUCCGAGUUGAUUCAUAACCUUCUCUCUAAUCCAGAUGGAGAAGCAUCAAGAAACUGCAGUCUCCCAGAUGAGGAAAUCAGUGGAGAAGCUUGGAUCAUCAACCCAGAACUAUGGAGCUCCAACACUCUUGAGGUUCUUGAUUGCAAGGAGAAUGGACCCAGAAAAAGCAGCCAAGAUGUUCGUCCAGUGGCAGAAUUGGAGAGCCGAAUUCGUUCCUCUGGGCUUCAUCCCUGAAUCUGAAAUACCAGAUGAGUUGAAUGCUCGAAAGAUUUAUUUGCAGGGUCUCUCUAAAGAUGGACACCCGGUCUUGAUCAUCAAAGCAAGCAAGCAUUUACCUUCCAAAGAUCAUCUCCAGCUCAAGAGAUUCGUGGUACACUUGCUUGACAAAACUAUUGCAAGUUCUAUCAGAGGAAGAGAAAUAGGGAAUGAGAAAUUAAUCGGGAUUCUUGAUUUGCAACAAAUUACAGUUAAAAACAUUGAUGCUCGUGCUUUAAUUACUGGAUUUCAGUUUUUGCAGUCUUACUAUCCAGAACGGUUGGCAAAGUUGUUCCUUUUAAGUAUGCCCUGGUUCUUUGUCAGUAUUUGGAGGAUGGUUUCUUGCUUCCUAGAGAAGGCAACACUUGAAAAGAUUGUCAUUGUCACCAAUGAAAAGGAGCGGAAAGCUUUUAUAAUGGAAAUUGGGGAGGAUACCUUGCCAGAAGAGUAUGGUGGGAAAGCAAAACUUGUAGCUCUCCAGGAUGUUAAAUUGAGCCAUUCUCCAUCCCAGAAUUAAAUAUACAUAUUUUAGAAUUUCCUCCGUUUCUAAUUGCAUUAUAAUAAUGACACAAUGGUAAGGGCAAAUUAAAUAAAUUUCAACAAUUUCCAUAACCCUUAAAUUUCUUCUAGUUAUGUAACACUUGUACUUGAGAAAGGUUAAUAUGCUUCAGAUGUAUUAGA